GUGGGACAUCCACAGCUUCUCUAGACAAGUUGUGUCAGUGCAUCGACACCCUCACAGGGAAGAAUAUCCUCCUACUAUCCAAUCUGAAUCACUCCUCUUUUAGUUUAAAACCAUUCCCUCGUGUCCUAUCACUGUCUACCUGAGUAAAUAGUCACUCUCCCUCUUUUCUGUAAGGCCUGUUUAAGUACUGAAAGGCCACAAUCAUAGGAUCGUAGAAUUUAGGUCGGAAAACACCUCUGAGAUCGAGUCCAACCAUUAUCCCAGCCCUGCCAAGCCCACUCUAAGCCCUCUUCCCAAGCGCCACAUCCACGCUUCUGUUAAAUCCCUCCAGGGCUGGUGGCAGGAGGGUCUGGGGGGAUGCCGGAGCAUCUGCAGCGGGAGGGGGAUGCAGCCGCCGGACCGAGCCCCUCCUCGGAGAGGCGGCGCCUGCGCCCGGUGACAUCAGCCCCGGGGACCGGGAUGCUGAGCCCGGCUCGGGGAAGGCGGAUCCCGCUCCGCUUCCAGCUCCGCAUCCCGACAGGGCAGAGGGGGGAGCGGGACGCGGCCCCCCUCCCGUGCCCCCCCUCCCGCGGCCACCCGCGUCCCCGCAGGAGCGGGGGGUCCCUGCGGGCGCUGCGGGGCGGGUGGCAGGGGAUGCUGCGGUAGCAGCCACGGAUGCUCGCCCUGCUCCUCUCCCUGCACACCCUGGGCCGGUCCCUGGCCAUGGCGAGCGCGGAGCGGCUGACGGUGCCCGAGUGUGUGAGCCGGGCGGGCGGCUGGGCGGGCGGGGGCAGCGCCCGGGAGCACCGGGGGGUCUCCCCAGGGGUGGGCACCGAGGUGCGGGAGGCGCUGGAGCGGGUCCUGCCCGCUUUGCGCCGGGCCAUCGCCCAAGCCACGCAGGCGACCACCCCCGAGGGGCUGCGGGCGGCCAUCAGCGAGGUGUUCCGCCUGGUGGAGGAGGCCUGGGGGAUGCCCGCGCUGGGGAGGGACGUGGCCAAGGUGCUGUGCGAUGUGAUCCGCCUGGAGGGGGGCCUGGACCUGCUGCUCAACCUGCUGUACACCGCCGAGCUGGAGACCAAGUGCCAGGCAGGAAAACUCCUGGAGCAGAUCCUGGUGGCAGAAAACAGGGAUCGGAUUGCUCGGAUCGGCCUGGGCGUGAUUCUGAACUUAGCCAAGGAGCGAGAUGUUCCCCAGCUGGUGCAGAGCGUCUCUGGGAUCCUGGAGCACAUGUUCAAACACACUGAGGAGACCUGUUUCCAGCUCAUCUCUGACGGAGGCCUGGAUGCCAUCCUGUACUGGUGCCGCUGGACGGACCCCAUCGUGCUGCGGCACUGCGCCAUGGCCUUGGCCAACUGUGCCAUGUACGGAGGGCAGGCCAACCAGCGCCUGAUGAUCGAGAAGAGGGCAGCAGAAUGGCUCUUCCCUCUGGUGUUCUCAAAGGAUGACGAACUCAUCCGGCUGCACGCGUGCCUGGCCAUCACGGUGCUGGCCACCAACAAGGAAAUUGAGAAGGAGGUGGAGCGCUCGGGGACUCUGGCUCUGGUGGAGCCGUUCAUCGCCUCGCUGGACCCAGAGCAGUUCGCCUGCGAGAUGCUGGGCAGCAGUGACAACAUCCAGGGGCGGACGGCGGAGGACCUGCAGCGGCUCGUGCCCCUGCUGGACAGCUCGCGGCUGGAAGCCCAGUGCAUCGCUGCCUUCUACCUCUGCACCGAGGCCACCAUCAAAACCAGGCAGAAGAAAACACAGAUUUUCAGUGAGAUCGGGGCUACGCAGAGCCUGAAGAGGAUAGUGUGCUACUCCACCAGCAGCACCACCUCCUCCCUGGCCAAAAAGGUGCUGCGCAUGAUAGGGGAAGAGGUUCCUCGGCGCAUCCUGCCCACGGUUCCCAACUGGAAGUCCUGCGAGGUGCAGACGUGGCUGCAGCAGAUCGGAUUCAACAAAUACUGCCAGAGAUUUCUGGAUCACCAGGUGGAUGGGGACAUUCUGCUGAGGCUGACAGAGAAGGAGCUGCAAGAGGAUUUGGGGAUGGACUCCAGCAUCACUCGGAAAAGGUUUUUCCGGGAGCUGACAGAGCUCAAGACCUUCGCAAACUAUUCCACCUGCGACCGCAGCAACCUGGCCGACUGGCUGGGCGGCAUCGACCCCAAAUUCCGGCAGUACACCUACAACCUGCUCACCUGCGGCAUCAACCGCAACUUCCUGCACCGGGUGACGGAGCAGCAGCUGCAGGAGGACUGUCACAUCGACACGGGCUUCCACCGCGUCCGCAUCCUCACCGCGGCCAGGGAAACGCUUCACUCCCCUAUAACGCUGCAAACCACGUCCAACGGGACCGAUGUGUUCAUCAGCUACCGGAGGAGCACCGGGUCACAGCUGGCCAGCCUGCUGAAGGUCCACCUGCAGCUGCACGGUUUCAGCGUGUUCAUUGACGUGGAGAAGCUGGAGGCAGGGAAAUUUGAGGACAAGCUGAUCCAGAGCGUCAUGAGCGCCCGCAAUUUUGUGCUGGUCCUCUCACCAAAUGCACUGGAUAAAUGCAUGGAAGACCCUGAGUGUAAGGACUGGGUACACAAGGAGAUUGUGACAGCCUUGAACUCUGGAAAGAACAUUGUACCUGUUACAGAUCAUUUUGAGUGGCCAGACCCAGAAACACUUCCCAAGGACAUGAGGGCUGUCCUGAAAUUUAAUGGUAUCAAGUGGUCCCAUGAGUACCAGGAGGCCACGAUCGACAAAAUCAUUCGCUUUCUCCAGGGCCGCUCCUCCCGGGACUCCUCGGCUGGGUCAGAGAAUGGGCUGGACUGCUUGCUCUCCGUGGGACAGAGCUAGAACCAGCACAGCUCCCUCAUCCCCCCCAGAGACUUCCCAGGUGACCCCUUUUUGUGUGGGUCCCAAUUUGUCUGUCUUGACUUUUUCCCAUCUUAGUACCCUGGCUUGACAGAAGGCCUGUGGCUCAUUACUCCCUCUCCACCCUCCAAAUACAAGCCCUUGGACCUAAAAGGUCGGUACUCACUCACACAGCGCCUGGUGAGCCAAGACUGGGUGGACUCCGGGAUGGACAAGUUGUCUUCCACAUCCUCCUGUGGGACAGCAGGAUGUGCAGGGGGUGUGAGGGAGACUGGCACCAUCCAGCCCCCCACAAGUGGCUGCAGCUUCCCCCAGAAACAUGUGCAAAGAGGCAGGAUCUUCUAAGGGCUGAGAACUGGGGAACUGGUGAGGGUCCAUUGCGAAAGGACAAAUGGGAGAGAAGAACAACUGACAGGAAAUGGUCUAUAAGCACCGUGUGGCUCUGCUUGUGCCAUGGCAAUAUCCUUGUGGUCAGCAACUGAGAGCAGGAAAGGGCAAACAAAAGCUAAGCCCUAACGAAAUCCCUGUGUUUGGGAAAGAUAACACACAGAGGCCUUUUGAACUGCUUUCUCCUUUCCAGUAAUGUCCCUUUAUCACAAGAGCUCAGUCCCUCCUCGAGGGCCUUCCACCUCCCAGUGCUGCAAAACCACUGUGUGCUCUUAACUCUGGCAAUGGAAGUUUGGGGUUAGACCAUGUGAAGUUUCUGCAGGAUCUCUCCAAAAGUGCUUUUAAAACACCCUCCUUCCCUUCAUCUGAUGUCUCAGCUUCACCACUCUAUCAGGUCUGUACUUCUAGGGUGUGGGAGGCUGGAUGGUGACUCUGGAAAACAUAUCUCCAUGCAGAUAGGCAAGAUGCUAAUUGCUGUGCUGUACUCAUGGGGUUAUUAUCCACUGGCUGUAUUUUAUUCUGUCACUCCUUCACAGCAGAUCUCCCAUGGUCUGCUCUUUCAGCAGGAGCUGGUAUAUCUCCCUGCUGACCAUCACACACCCCAACAGCCCUGGCUGAGCUCCUCAGGGUUGUCCCUACUCACUGAUGGAUGCAAUACCAAGUAGCAUUUGUUUCUUUCUACCGAGCUCUUCUCAACACCCACUGGGGCUUUUUGCAGCUACUCACCUUAAAAUAUCAAGGAAGAGUAAAGCUGAUGCAAAGGGCUGGCAAAGGAUGCUAGGAGUGAGCUGCUGGGACCAGGACUGGCACUGCCUGCUGCUUACACUGCUGGUGAGGAACCACGGGCAUCCUGACGCAAAUCCCUGAAUUCCAUGCUCCCAGCCUUGUCCUGCUUCUCCCACCUGCUUGGAGGGCGAGCAGCCAUUGUGCAGUUAGGAGCAGAAAUUGCAUCUCCUACCUAAGUUUGUAUUUUUGGAUGCAAAGUGAGUAAUGCAAAAAGACAUCCUUGUUCAGGGCACGGGCAGGAGGAAGAGCACGGAGGAACAUGGAAAAACACCAGGCUGCCCUGAUGCUCUGAAGACCAGGCUGCUGCAUCACCCUGCAGAAGCAGCAAGCUCCUCUUCCCAUCCCUGCUCAAGAUAACUCUUGCAGGAUACAAAGAGGAGCCUCAGCCACCUUGUCCUCCUCCUGGCUCUCCCUGAAGCCUUGCUGCUUGCCUUAACUGGCAGGAACACAAACACUUUUUCUUCUGGCUUAGACUCAUGAACAUUUCAGGGGGAAAAAAAAGUUAAUUGUGGUGCUUAAUCACAGCUUUAUGGAUAGCUCUUAUCAGCUCACAGUUAAUGGCAUCUUUGCUCUCCUGUGAAAGGUUAAUAGCCAUAUCUGCCCAGAAUCCCCUAGAAAUAGAAUCUCUCUUAUCUCCAGAUUAAAUAUGAAGAAGCCAGCAGAUGAGCCCAAAGGUGAAUAUGCUAAAGCAAAAAAGCCACCUGUGAGCUGCUUCAGGGAAAAGUCUUGAAUAACUGAUUGAAUGUCAAGGCCUCCAUGGCCACUGAAGAAGUUCCACACAAACAGUUCUAAGGAUUUUUCUCCCUACAAUAAUACCCACUAAGAUUAUUGCAUCUUGUUUCCCAGGAGCUCUGUAGCAAUUAACCUCACUCACUAUUCAAUGUGGAGAUUUACUUGUUCUCUACAGCUCAGGUGACUCACCUGGAACAGGAUCCCACCUCAUGCUCCAGCUGCCCAGACUGUGACUCCUCCUGUUUCUCCAUCAUUGUCUUCACCUUAAUGAACUCACCCUGCUCCUGGCAAAAUAUCUCGUACCCAGCCCCUUCCAGCUGGAGCACUCUCAAGGAAAGGAAUUCUGUCCUCAUCCUCCCUUCGUUCCUUUGCUAUGUGAUGUCAAAAGUAUCUGGAGUUGUUCUAUCAGGAAUUAUUAAUAAAUCUGGUUUACACUCUAAA